UUAAGCACAUUUGAAAGCAAAUAAGUGAAAAAUCGGCGAAACCACAUCCCAUGCCACUGUCGGUCUGGGCGCUACCCAGACAUUUAGCUGCCUCAUCCUCCCCCUGCCAUUGGCGGACACGACAUACCGCUUGAACGAGGUAAACCACCUAUGUUGCGACGGAAUCCUCCGUUUCUUCCAGGCCCUCCAGGUCCACCGCUACCAGGCCAUCGACCACCUCCACCUCCAUUCGAUCUUCGAAGAUGAUCUCUGCUCGCUUUAUCAUCUGCUCCACUGCCUAGCCCGAAUAAGGACUUGAAGAAGAGUAUAAUAAACGAGAAGAAUGAUAGAAUGUACGAGAAGAUGGAACUUCGAUUCUCGCAUACAUUUCCACCUAAAGAGAACAAAAGGUUAGUUAGUGAGUUAAGACACACUUCCGCAGAAAUGUAUGAAUAA